AGAUUUGUGCACAGACCAACGAAUACCAUUAUAAAUAAUGUUUCGCUUCCAACAAAAUCAUCAAAAUCAAUGGGUGCAAGAUCUUACUUCGUGGAGCUAUGGUUCUAAUUAUACAGAGCAAGCUGAAUCGACAUUGGAAGCCACAGCUUCAGUAAAAUCCCAAUAAUGAUAUGUUGCAAUUCCAAGCAAACCCACCUAAUUUAAUAACCAACAUUGAUGCUCGUCUGUGCGACGAAGAACUUUGGCAAAAGUUUUCUGAUGUUGGGACUGAAAUGGUGUUGACAAGAAAGGAAGAUUGUUCUCCAUUCAAUGCAUCGGUAUCAAAUUCGUGUUCACCUCUCAAGAUCAGACAAUCAACAAAUAUUCAAACAUUUGAAUUUCCACAAACAACUUUCAUCACUGUAACAGCUUAUCAAAAUUCCGAACUUUCUCAACUUAAAAUAAAAAACAAUCCAUAUGCUAAAGGAUUCCGUGCUGAUGGAAAAAGGAAAAACAAAAGAACGUGCUCAAAUGAGGAUGAAUAUUUCCAUAACGUUUUAGAAACAAAGAAAGUAUGCAAAUGGAUCAACAACAAGAAUUGGAACGAUUAUGAUCCCCAAACACUUUACUCUGGCGAUUCUGCAACAAUUAACGAAACACAAUCUCCACAAAGUUUGGAAAGAGUCGACCACACCGAGACUUUGUGGAAAGACAACUUGUUAGAUGAAUUGUGUAAUGACAAUAUUGUAUAUUAUGACGAUCCGGGAUAUGUUUCAGCAUCUCCAGCUGAAUUUUUAGAUAAUGAUGAUGUUUCGAAAUUUCUGUUUGGAAUCGAAUCAUGA